AUGGAAAAAGCAGAUAAAAUCAAUUAAAAUAAGCAGUCUAAAUAUCAAAAUAUUUGCCAGGUUACUCAUAUAUCUUUAGGAUUUUUAUUCCUAUAUGUUGCAUUUAACAGCACUUAGAAUCUAACCUCAAUACUCUUGGACUAGGACGGGUACGGCAAACUUGGAUUCUAUUCACUUGGUGUCUAAGCAAUAUUCUAAGGUAUUGGAUCUCUCAUGUCUUCUGGAAUCGUCAAUAAAUUUGGAGUAAAGACGAGCAUGGUCUUAGGUGCUCUCUUUAAUUCAUCAUGGGUACUGCAAAGUCUUAUCCCAGCUUAAAGAUAUUAUAAUCAAGAUUCUGAUAAUUGGGCUUACAGUGAGACUUUUUACUACAUUAUAAAUAUAAUUGUAUCCGCAGCAAGUGGAUUCAUGGGUUCAAUACUUUGGGUGGCUGAGGGUAAAUACAUCAGCGAAUGUGCUACAGAAGAGACUAAAGGAUUUUACUUUAGUUAUUUCUGGAUGUUUUAUAUGCAAUCUUAGGUAUUUGGUAACCUCAUUGCAGCUUUAGUCCUUGGUGAGAUGGACUAAGUCAGCUAUUUCAUUAUUAUGUCGGUAAUUGCAUUCAUUGCAUCAAUAAGCUUUGCAUUUUUAAGAUAACCUAAGAAAGUAGCUACAAAUGAAGAAGUUAGUAUUUCAUUAUUUACACCAGAAAAUAUUAAUCUCAGCUCAGCUCAUAAUAGAGAGAGUACACCUGAUUUUAACAGUAGUGCUGGUUUAUUAUAAAGUCAAAUGCCGAAGAAAAGAGGAUUUUGGAAUGAUGUACAUAGAGUUUGGUCAUUGAUGAUAUCAAAGAGAAUGCUGCUAUUUUUACCUCAACUACUUUGGAUUGGAGUUAGUAUAGCAAUUUAUAGUGGGUUACUUGUAACUAUUAUCUAGACUUCUCUAACAGAGGAGACCAUAGACAAAAAAAAUGAAAAAUCUAUGUUGGCAUUGGUUGCUUUCGGCUUUGGAGAGAUAUUUGGUGCUUUAAUUAUAGGUUAAAUCGUAGAUCGAGUUAAUAGCCGUAUUGCAUCUCUAUUUAACUGCCUUUUUAUUGCUAUUGCUACAAUACUCACGAUUAUUUUCUUAAAACAUGAAUAGUAUAACUGGUUCACAUUCUUAAUGGCUUUUAUGUGGGGAGUGGAGGAUGGCUCAGCAAAUACCCAUGCGCUUGAGAUGCUUGGAUUCGAAUUUGAUGAUAACACAGAUCCUUUUGCAAUAUUUAGCAUGUUUGAGGCUCUUGCGGUGUUUAUUUUUCAAAUAAUUCAGAGCAGAGUUAAUGACACCUAGAAAUUCAUAAUAUACAUAGCUGUUGUUGGUGGAGUUGGCACUGUAAUGUGUGGAGCUACCUAUUUCUUUAGUUUCAAAGAAAAAAGAUCAAAUAAUAAAGAAUUAAUGAAUCAAGAGUAAUGA